AGCACGCCAAGCAAACCUUGAGGCUCAAAACGCGGAGUUUCCAAAAACAGAAACGCUGUCUCCUCGUAAGAAUAAAUUACUUUGUCGUUAAGUUCCUACAAAUGCUUGCCAAGAAAAGUCUCUAAUCUCUAUCUCUGUUCACUUUCCUAAAACAACCUUAACCUUUAUAAGUACGUGACCAUUCCAUUCGAUAUGCAGACGACGAGAAACUCUUCUUCUUCAUCGUCGCUGGUGCUUUUCCUUUUGCUCACGAUUCUUCUUAUCAAAAUGGCCCAAUCUGUCCCUUCACCUUCUCCUGCUGUAGACUCGUCCAAAGCGGCGGUUCAUAUUGUGUACACUGAGAGGCCACAGGAUGAGGAGCCUGAGGCCUACCAUCUCCGAACCCUAGCCUCCGUCCUCGGCAGUGAAGAAGCUGCAAGAGAGGCUUUGGUUUACAGUUACAAGACGGCUGCGAGUGGUUUCUCAGCCAAGCUGACCCCUGAGCAGGUUGAGCAAAUCUCAAAACAACCAGGCGUUCUUCAAGUUGUCCCCAGCAGGACACUUCAGCUGCAUUCAGAACCUGGGAAGCUGCACUCAGGACCCGGGAAGCUGCACUCAGGACCUGGGAAACUGCACUGAAUCACCUCUAUACCCUCCUGCCCAUGACUGAAUAUAUAUAUAUAUAUAUAUAUAUAUAUAUAUAUAUAUAUGUUUGGUGAAUGACUGAAUAAAUAUUUUAUCAAAUGGUAUUCCCGUGUAUAAACAAGUUUGUCCCGUGUUUGUGUUCUUUCUGCAAUGUAUUGGGUGCUAAGAAAGCUUUGUAUCUAAAUUACAUGUGCACUUAUCUAAUAUGCAUCUAUAUACUAUGGUUCCCAUCUA